AUGCGGCAUUUUUCGUUCGGGCUCCAAUUGGUCGGCUUCGCGCUGGCCAUCGAGCUGGGUGAGCCGCACUCUUCAUUCUACUGGAUGCGAGACGGGGUUCGACUGGAAGUUGGCGACGGCUUGUUGACGACGUCCGACGGGGAUAAGUCAGAUGCUGUCGAAGUCAGAUGGGAGCGACCCGGCCAGAACGGCUCGCUCGUCUUCCCCCGUCCUGUCGCCAGCAUCCAGGGCUUCUACCAAUGUUUCGCCGGCAACAUCUACGGCACCGCCGUCUCCAACAAGGUCCACGUGCGCAUGGGCGUGCUCGAGCGUUUCGCGCGUCGCGGUGUGCGUCGCGUACGCGUCGACGAGGGCGCGCCGUUGACGCUGAACUGCAGCCCGCCGAUCGGCAGGCCGAAGCCGCACGUUUUCUGGUUGUACCGUGACACGAAUCGCGAGGACGUCAUCGAAACGAUUCGCCGGCGCCAUAUCGGCAUCGACGCCGACGGGAGGCUCCACUUUACGGCCGUUCAGGAAGAAGACGGCCGUCGCGGGCUGCUGUACGAGUGUGCGGCCUCAUCUCCCGUGCUUGGAGAUGAGUACCGAGCCGGCGAAAGGAUACAGCUAGAAGUUGUGCCCAGACAGGUCUCCGCCGUCCCAAUCCGUACGCUCUACGUGACCCCCGAUGAGGUGACCGUCCGCACCGGCGGCCGAUUGAAGCUGCAAUGUAUCUUUGGAGGACGGCCUCGCCCCGUCGUUUUCUGGGAGCGCGAAGAGGGCGAGCUGCCGCGCGAACGGAUGAAGGACCUGUCGUCGGGGGAGUCGGAUUUUGGGAUGAGCCUCGUGAUCGAUUCCGUGGUGCCGGAAGACGCGGGGACCUAUCUGUGCCGGGCUCAGCAUCUUUUGCACGUCUUCAACGUGCGCGUACAUGCCGCUCCCUAUUGGGUAGCCGGUCCCCCAGCGGAUGUCGUGCGGAGUGAAGAGGGUGAAGCCGAAAUCCACUGCAUGGCGGCUGGCAGCCCGACGCCCAACGUAGAAUGGAGCAUUAAUGGUGUUCCCAUAACCCAACUACCCACCGAUGAUCGCCGAGAAUUCCUGGAAGACGGUCGUGUGCUACGGAUUACGACUCUUCGACACGACGUUGACAUGGGCGUCUACCAGUGCAAUGCUUCGAGUCCGCUGGGAUACGUCUACGCAAACGCUUUUCUUCACGUGAAAGCGCACGCGCCCCGGUUUCUGAUGCCGGCGAAGCGUGACUGGAGCGUUGUGAUGCGAUCCACCGUGGAUCUCGAUUGUCAGGUCGAGGCGGCCCCGGCUGCCGAGGUGCACUGGGUGGACGAGGACGAUCGCCCGAUUGUCCCCAUCGAUCCCAGGAUUACUAUCUUGCCAAAUCACACCCUCCGCAUCCACGACGUGCACAUCACCGACGAGGGCCUCUACUACUGCAACGUGUCCAACAAGUAUGGCCUGGGCCGGGCGCUCAAUCGACUCGACGUCUAUAAGCCCACAUAUUUCCUGAAGGUCCCGCAACCCCGCGAACUUGUUGUGGAGGCUGAAGAUGACGUGGAGCUGGAGUGCGAGGCGGAGCCGGACGAGCGGUUGACGGUACGCUACGUGUGGACGCUAAACGGGAGGCCGGUGAACGCGUCGAGCAGCUUCUCGUUGAUCGGCCAGCACAAAUUGAGGCUCCGCAAAGCCGCCGGGAGGCAUUCGGGAAUCAUUGAGUGUCUUGUCAUUACGGAUGUCGACUUGAAACGUGCCGCCAUGCAUCUCGUCGUUAGAGAUGUCCCCUCAUCCCCGGAAAUGUCAUCGUGUAGCUGCUCGGAACGCAAGGCCACCUUCCACUGGAGCCCCUCAAAUCCGCACGGCGACCCGGUGCAGCGCUACUCUGUCGAAAUGCACACGGAUUUUAAACCUGAAUACUGGGAGACUGUCUACGAACGUACAGGCGAGGAAAAGCCCGACUACGAUGCGGAAAUUACACUGACGCCUUGGGUGAACUACACAUUCCGCGUGAUCGCCGAGAACAGCUUUGGGCGCAGCGACAAACGACCGGCGGCGCUGGAUGAAGGAGAGCUGCGCGGAAUCUGCGAGUGCCACACACGCCCCUCGUUCCCGUACACUAACCCGGCAGGCGUGUGGGCGCAGGGCGAUCGACCUGACAACUUGGUCAUCCACUGGCAGCCGAUGGACAAAUACGACUGGAACGCCCCGAACCUUCAGUACCUCAUAAGGUACAAGCUGAACACCUCGCAGGCGGUGUGGACCGAAUUCGUGGUGGAGGACCCGCUGGCGAAUCAGACGGCCAUCCGAGAGCAACCGACGUAUCGCCAAUUCUUGGUGCAAGUCCAGGCCGCAAACGCCGUCGGGGCUUCGAUUGUGCCUCCGGAUACCGUUGUUGGAUAUUCUGGAGAAAACGUACCGACCGAGGCCCCAAACUCCUUCACCCUCGGCUCAUUCCACAACUUUUCCGCGGUGAACGUCUCAUGGCUGCCCGUCGACGCCAACACGAUCCACGGUCAUUUCCUGGGAUAUGAGAUCGAAUACUGGCCAACGGACAGUAUUGCUGUGGCCCCGGUGGAGCUGAUCGUGCCCAAGGACGAGACGGAAACCGUCAUCGCUCGUCUCCGCCCACACACCAACUACUCGGCGGUGGUCAGGGCGCGGAAUAAGCAAUACCGCGGCCCAGCCUCCAACAAGAUCGAGUUCGAGACGCCGGAGGGAAUCCCCUCGGUCGUAUCAUCGCUACGUGUCGUGACCGUUGGCGCCCACUCGAUUUUGGUCCAAUGGGAACCCCCGCAACGUCCCAACGGCUUCGUCCGCGGCUACUUCUUGACGUUCACGAAUGACCGGAACGACACCGAGGAGACUUACGUGCUUCACCGACAACAUCACUAUCUUCACGAGAGGGCCGCUGCGGAUUCUCCGUAUAAGGUGGCCGUAUGGGCAGAGACAAGGGCCGGCGAGGGUCCACGUCUUAUCCGAGCCGUCAGAACGUUUCCGGUCGGAGACCCCUACCGGCCCUCGUUCCGCGUCGGCAACGCGACCAGCGGCGCGCUAGACGUCGAGUGGUUGCCGUGGACUGGCGGAGGAAUGCCUGGCGCCUCGUUUGUCGUCAACUACACGCACGCCGCCAGCGGCGAAACCCAUCAGACGCCUCCCGUCUUCCUCCCCGACACCGCCAUACACAUCGAUGGCCUGCGCCAGGGCGAGCGCUAUAUUUUGGUGGGCAUCGCCCGAGAUGGGAAACAUUGGACGGCGUCUAGCCUCUACUACAUCGACACUGAAGCGCCGAAGGGACCGGCGAGGCUUAACCAAGAAUCUGUCCGUACCGCCGCGUGGUUUGUAUCGGCACUAGUGGCCGGAUCUGUCGCCGUAUCCCUACUCCUGGCCGCAUCAUGCUGCGUCCAGAGGGGCCGAGUAUACAAGGUCAGCCGCGAGGAGAUGCGCGCUGCCGAACGGCGCGACCAACCCGUCGACGUGGAGGAGGAGGCCAAAUUUCUCGAGUACAGCUACGGGUUCAAGCAG